AGGAAACUCGGAGCGGCUGUGGACACUUUAGGAUUUGUAGAUAGAAGUGGCGUGAAGCUAUAAAUGCUCCCCCAAACGUUCCUGAGGCCAACGAGGCGGCUGUUACAGAAGAUAACAGUUGUCGUAUAAUGUACGAGUGUCGCUCAAGUGGAACUGGCGCGGAAAGGUUUUCGAUAGAUGUUCUGUCGGUGGGCCUUGCGCCGUGUUUCGGGUUGUGCGUGCUAAGUGGUUGUCAGUCGAGUGGUCGCUUUGUCGUGUCACUAAUCACAUGGCAAGCGUUGACCGCAUUGUUUACAGUCGAGUGAUCGCUUAAGCGCGAUGUCGCGAUUUGGAAUAGUUCCUGUUUUUGACGUUAAGCAGCUCGGCUCUUCUGACCACGGCAAAGGACGUCUUCUGACAGCGCUUCAAGAGGCUAUAAAGCAGGUGCAGAAUGUUGCAGAGCCUGCUGGCACAAAUGGUAUGACAGAAGACACUCCGGAGGCUUGCUGGUUGUGUCAGCAUCUUGACAGAGUGUUUCUCUAUGGCCUGCAGGAGCCUCAGUGGGGCUAUUGGCCGUGGGUGCGCAAGUUCACACACCCUGCCGCUCAGCAGGAAAUUGCUUCCCUGUCGGCAGUGUCCACCGACCUUGGAUAUGGCCGUGCCUGGCUCUUGGCCAGUCUGAAUGGAGGACUGUUGGAGAGCUACAUGCUCUCGUUCCGCCAGAACUUGCGGCUGCUGCGCAAGGGCUACUCACUGAACUCUCUCCUCAGGGAUCCACAAUACUUGGACCUGCUUGCCACCUUGCUUUCAGGAUUGGAACACAUCCCUUUCAGUCUGAACCAGAAUGCCUGGCCAAAGAUCAUAUCACAUCGCCAGUCUCUACUUCAUGUGGAUGAUGAUGUUGUGGUGCUACCUCAGGGAGUGUCUGUGAUGACCAUAUCGUCAACAGACAGUUCGACCAGCUCUCGUGAGGACGACUCGGGAAUCCAGAGCGUUCGUGUCUCUUGUGCCACGCUUUCUUCUCUGGCAUCACCUGCGGAAGAAGUGCACGUCCCCGAGACUUGUGAUUGUGCCGAAUGUGCUGCCUUUCUGGACCGACAGCGCAUUCAGCGGAUCAUCAACUUAGAUGUCGUUCCACCAUCAUCUGGUGACUGUAACGAGGCUGCUGAUUUAGAACUUGAGGUGACGCGAGUUGUGAUAACGCGGCGCAAAGGUGGAGGCCAGAGUGCCACGAAGCCAAGAACGUUGUCAACGUGCGGAAGUGAAGCUGUGACAUCAGUGACCUGCAAGGCGAAAAACGUCGAUGACAAGGUGUGUGCUGUGCUUAGGCAGACACUGGCUCAAGCAGAAAAGCAGGAGUUCUUGCAGGGAGCCCCGUCGAGUGAGAAAGCAAGGACUGGAUGUUUUGCUUCGUUAGCCGAGUCAACCGUUUCCAUGGUAGACUCUGGAUGUUAUGCAUUUGCGGAAGGUGACAGAGGUGCCCCAGAUGGCUGCGAAGGAGGUGCAACUGAUGAAGCUGAGCCAGAAGGCAGGACAACAGAUGACUGUGAACCGAACGAGGAAGUGUUUUCCAUUUAUGAUCAUAGUGACAAGUGUGCCUCUGACAUGACAGCCAGUGGCAUCGGUGAUGACAGUGGUUCUGCUGUACAAGGAAAGCCAGCAGAGCCUCCAAACUACGUUGAACCAGAACUGCUUGUAGAGACAAGCAAGAAAGAAGGAUUCGAUAUCAAAGUAGAGAAUAGUGCUCUUCUCUAUCUGACACUCAAGGUAUUUGAAUUGGAUGACGAGAAACUGUAUAAGAUGUUUCUGGCAUGGAAGGGCUUUGAUGGAAGAGGACUGCUGGAGCCUAUAUAUGUUCUAAUGACAAACAAAUUUCUGUACAUACUGAGGCCUGGGGCUGAGGUGAACCAGUUUGUUGUCGACUUUUCGGUGUGCCUCAGUGAAGUCAAGGUGGUCACCGUCUGGCUGAACUACCAGGGCUUCUCCCUGACUUGCAACUCUGGGAAGAAGACAGAUGUGGCUACUGGCCAUGCUGAGUUAACAAGGAAUAUUCUCUCAAGCUUGGAUCUAGCCGUUCGGAGAACUCACAAUGGUGUCAAGUGCCUUCCAUCUAUAGUGAGUCACUGCUCUGAACAGCUAGAUGCUUUGAAGAAGCUCUUGGCCCAUGAGUUGAAAGCCCAAGAGGACGGUGGGCUCGUUGUAAAGGACUACCACCUGGUGCACUGGGAGAAGUGCACCCAGUCCUCACCGGGUGAUUUCGCUUGUGGGCCCAGUGUGGGCGGUCCCCUUAUGUGGAGAUUCCUCGAAGGAACACCAGGCGAGAGAGGAAGAAGCACUGGGAAGCUGGCUACCUCUUGCGGAAACAAGGCUGGGGUACUGUACAGGUUCUCAAACCAAGGGGACACCAUACCUAGUGCCACUUACCUUGUCAGCGGUGUCCACUGUGGUUCUUGCCAGGCUGUUUCCAAUGUUGGCCGGCCGCAUGCCUUGCAGCUGAACCUGGCUCCUUCUGGUGGUGCCUGCCUUCAGCUCGCUGCUUCCAAUGAGGCAGAGAUGGAGCGUUGGGUUCAUGCACUCACUGAAUCCGGGCAGGCCUCCUUCGUGGGGUGCUCUGGAUCUAUGGGUGGCAUGGUGGCCUGCUGCCUAGUGUUGGUGGGUGACCUUAUGUUGACCUUGGUCGAGGGGUCAAGAGUCUUAGGUGUUGGAGUCAUCAUCGACCUGAGUGUAGUGCGCAGUGAGAACAACUUCUGCAUUAUGGAGUUUGAUGGGGGUGAGGCUGAGAGCUGUGCUUACAACUGGAUCUUUUGGUUUGCCACUGAAGAAGAAAAGAAUGAGUUCCUCAGCCUUGUCUCCAUUUCUUGGCAAGAAAUGUUCAAGCUGCAGACAUCGUCGUUAGACGUCUUCAUCGGUAUCGCUGCUCGGGCUCGGCUCGUCAUCACUGCUCGGGUCAUCUGCACGUUCAUGUAUCCAGUCGUCCUCAGUGCCGUCCAUGGCAUUGGAAAUCCCGGUGUCAACGUUUGCACAACCAAGUCAAAGGAUGGCAACUGCUGGGCAGUGUUAGUUGUUACAAAGAUCAUGCAGCGGACGGAAGGCUUGGAAUCUGCAAGCGAGAUCAUAUUUUUGGACUCAACAGCCUCCUGCGAUGAGUCACAGGCUACCGUUGCUAUUUUGGUAGAGCUGCAAGGUCACGAGCGACCCAUAGCAAUGGUGACACAGACUGACUGUUCGACAAGUCAAGCUGAGUCAUCUGCUGCUUCACUGACUGCAACGUCAUCCAUCAUCUUGGAGCAAUAUCCUGACCUGGGCAUGUUUUCUGGAGCCAGUAAAGUUGACAUAGAGGACUGGCUGAACUGGCAAGAAUAUGUCAGCACUAGCAACUGUUAG